CUGGACGAAUUUGAGAAUGAAUAUGAGCUGUACGAGAACUUCAAGGCCGAAUACAAAAAAAACUAUGAGGGCCGAGAAGACGGAAAACGGUUCAAAAUUUUCAAAGACAAUCUAUUGAAAGCAAAAAUGUAUCAACGGCUGGAAAGGGGGACCGCCACUUACGGAGUGACCCAGUUUUUUGAUCUCACAGAGGAAGAAUUUCGAAGACUCUAUUUGACUUACAAGUCACCCAAUGGACAUAAGCCGAUCAGUCGAAUCCACGUUCAAAAGGUUGGACAACUGCCUAGUUAUUUCGAUUGGCGGGAAUAUGGUGCGGUUGGACCUGUAAUGAACCAAGGACAAUGUGGAUCCUGUUGGGCGUUUUCCGCGGUUCAAAACAUCGAAGGGCAGUGGUUUAUGAAGAUUCAUAGGCUUCUGUCUCUAAGCCUUUUAGCUGGUACUUUGCUAUGCAUCCUUUUACAGGAAGUAGUCGAUUGUGACCACGCCGAUCACGGCUGCUCUGGCGGCUUCCCAAUACAUGCCUUUGAGUGUGUACAACGCUUGGGAGGCUUGGAGCUCGCUGUGCAGUACCCGUAUGUUGGGUACAGGCAAUACUGUCAGGCGGAUCCCCGAUAUUUCAUUGCCUACAUUAAUGGGUCUGUGGUCCUGCCCAAGGAUUCGGAGCAGAUUGCAAAUUUUCUGGCUAGAUUUGGACCCCUGAGUGUCGUAUUGGACGCUCGUCUUCUUCAAUACUAUCAAUCGGGUAUCCUUAAUCCAUCAGCAGAAUAUUGCGAUCCAGAGGAACUGAAUCAUGCUGUCUUGUCCGUGGGAUUUGGUACAGAUCAAGGGAUUCCAUACUGGAUUAUCAAGAACAGUUGGGGUGAACAGUGGGGUGAGCAGGUGAGCAUAAACUUCUUUGUGUGCUUUUAUCCCUUUUCAGGAAUUUUUGCCUAUUCAGCUCAUAAACCAAUACUCUGGGCUUAG